AUGAUUCGCUGGGGCACCCCGUCGUCGAAGCGGUUCUGCCUGGCCGCCUCGUCGCUCAUCACACUUGUGCUGCUGGGAGCGUUCUACUCCCGUCAAGCUCGAACCCAUGCUCCAGCUUGGAAUAUAGUUUCGAAGGACCUCGACUGGUCCAAGUUUGCUUAUGUGCAGUACGUCACGAACAGCGACUAUCUGUGCAACUCGGUCAUGUUGUUUGAAACUCUCGACCGUCUGGGCAGCAGGGCCGACCGCGUGAUGCUGUACCCGGAGUCCUUUCCAAGCAGUGAUGACGAUGCACGACUCCUGAUCAAGGCCCAGGUUGACUACAAGGUCCGCCUGCAGCCUGUGCAAAUCCAACACAGGGCCGGCUCGGAUGCCACAUGGGAAGACUCCUUCACAAAGCUUCUCGCCUUUAACCAGACAGACUACUCGCGCGUGCUGUCCCUGGAUUCCGACGCCACUGUCCUCAAGGCCAUGGAUGAGCUGUUCCUCCUCCCACCCAGCCCAGUGGCCAUGCCCCGUGCGUACUGGCUCUAUCCCGACAAGCAGAUGCUCACGUCUACAGUCAUGCUCGUCCAGCCGAGCGUGUUUGAAUUUGAGCGCGUCGCCGACGAGAUUGCGCACGCGAGCGGCAGCACCUACGACAUGGAGAUUGCCAACAAGCUCUACGGAGAUCAGGCCAUGGUCCUGCCGCACAGACCUUAUGUUCUGCUGACUGCCGAGUUUCGGUCGGCGAACCACUCCCGGUACCUCGGGCCGUCAGGGCGCCACGAGAAGUGGGAUCCUGAUGCGGUACUCGACGAGGCGAGAUACCUGCACUUUUCGGACUGGCCCGUCCCGAAACCCUGGGUUGAGUCCCGGCAAGCGGACAAGGUGCGGGACGAGAUGCAGCCACGGUGUUGGGUGAGGGACGGUGUGGAGGAUUGCAGGGAAAGGGAGCUGUGGCACGGGUUCUAUGCUGAUUUUGCGGCAAGAAGAAGGCGGGUUUGCAGGUAG